AUGGAACAUGAGCAGAAAUAUCAUGGCAAUGAUGAUAGAAACGAGGAGAACUUGGUCCAGUCUAAUGCAAUAACGCCAGAUUCGGCUCCUAAGCUGGAAGAUGACACGGUGGAUCGAGCAGCCGUUUAUCUCACACAAGCUAUUGAAUACCCUCCCCUGACCCCCGAGGCCGAGAGAGCUCUGCUCCUUCUCACGGCUACACUUGGAGCAGUUGAUAAAGUUGCACUGGGAACAGCAGCUCUUUACGGACUAAGAGAAGACCUGGGCUUAAAAGGCCAGACAUAUGCUUGGGCAGGCUCUAUUCUCCCAAUUGGUGCUAUUGCAGGCAUGUGGCCGUCGUCAUACUUAGUACACAGAUUUCCGUCUGCCAAAUAUCUUUGCGUUUGCUCCAUUGGGUGGUCAGCUGUUACCCUCCUUUUACCAGCAUGCACUGGAGGGCAAAGCCUACUUGCACUAAGAUUUAUCAUGGGUUUCCUCGAAGCUAUCAUUGUCCCAGGGAUAUCACUGUUGAUUGCGGGUUUCUACAAAAAGAGGGAGCAACCGCCGAGAAAUGCCAUUGUGUUUUCUGCUUUCAGUUCUGUCAUUAAUGGCUUUCUCUCAUAUACCGUUGGCCGUAUCCCUUCCCCUGCACCCUUGAGACUGUGGCAGUAUCUCUUCCUUAUUGUGGGAUCUGUUUCAAUGGCCUGGUCAAUAUUUGCCCUCAUAUUUCUCCCAAAUUCUCCAAUGGAUGCUCGUUUCUUAACAGAUGAGGAGAAAUACCAUGCCGUCAAGCGUUUGGCUGAGAAUAAAACUGGAAUUGUCAAUAAGAGAUGGAAAUGGAACCAAGUGGCUGAAGCCAUCCUCGAUCCAAAGACGUGGAUUAUUUUCCUUUUCAACAUCGCAAUUAAUAUUCCCAACGGAGGCCUGAUUACUUUUGGCGGAAUCCUAAUAAAGAACCUGGGAUUUUCACCCAUCCAAGCAUCCCUUUUAAAUAUGCCUACCGGUGUGAUGUCAACGUUGUCAGCGUUUAUCUUCUCUAGCCUUGCUGCUAAAUGGGCGAAUAAACGAUGCCUCGUCACGAUGCUAGCGGCUGCCGUUCCAGUUAUUGGGUCAAUCAUUGUUUAUACCCUGAAGAGAACAGAUAUUCCUGCUCAAAUUGUUGGAUUGUACUUCCUAUAUACCUACUUUGGCCCAUAUGUUGUUGGUAUCUCUCUAGCCCAGGCGAAUACAGCAGGGCACACGAAGAAGAAUGUUCAAUACUCAAUCUUAUACAUAGGCUAUGCAGUCGGAAACUUGAUUGGGCCCCAGACGUUCCGUGAUAGUCAAGCCCCUGCAUACACUGGUGGGUUCAUCGCAAUGCUCAUUUGCUAUUGUUCCUGCAUAGUGCUCAUGGCGAUGUAUUGGAUUCUCGCAGCCUGGAUGAACAAACGAGCUAGCAGAGCUCGUGUGUCGGCUGCUUGUGAAGGAAUUGAGGCAGAGGGCCCAUUAGAUCAGUUCUUGGAUAAAUCGGACUUUAAGCAGGCGAACUUCAAGUAUACCACAUGA